AGUUCUCGUCCACAAAUGCUACAGUAAUACAAAUAAUAUAUCAGGAAGAAGCUGAACAGGGCACAAGCCCCUUUUCAGAUCACCUUUAAAUAAGAGUAAUUCAUAUACAAAGAAAGACAAGUGGGGUGUUUGUGUUUGAGGAGCUGCACCAAAUUCAUAAUUCAUUAAGUAACAUGUUUGUGGACAUAUGUUUGUGUGUUCUGAACUAUAUUUGGAUGUACUGGCUAUAAAAAGCCCUCAGUGCAAAGUGACCUUUAGCAGAAGUCAGAUCUCCUGUCCGUGCUGUUGCUGACUGCCCACGAGAGAAGAUUCAAGCCUAUUAAAAUUGCCUUUCUUCUCUUCUUGUUCCCUAUGAGGAUGACCAAAGAGGCCAUAUCUUUGCACUCCCUGAAUGAGACAUUAAACAGGUCACAAAGGACUAUGUAUGUUAGUACUACAAGGAGGAACAAGGGUGGAAAACAAGCUGCAGAACGUGGAGAGAGAGUUCAAAGAGCUAAACUCUGCCAUGGAGAAACUGACACAGAAGCUGCAGUUUCAGGAUAAAACUCUGGAGAAGCUGGUGGGCGAGGAUGAGAUGUGGAUAUCCUUGCUGGAGGACAGGUUCACUUCAGUGGAGAUAAAUCUUUUCUACAGCUAUGUCAGUGAAAUCCUUUGCUGCUUGCAUUCUUGUGUCAGAGCGAAGCUGCCAGAUCUGGCGGGAGGCCUCCCCACCUUAGCCUCUGUCAUGAGGUGCAAAGGCAAGAACCAGAGAAUUAGACUGGUGUGGGAAGCAGUGCUGGAGAUGCUGGGGAUGCAAGAAGGAGAUGUCUCAGCUCUAUGCACCUUUUUCAUCAUACAUUGCUCUGAAGCACGGUAUUACCCAGCUAACCAGAGGCAAAAGUACACCAGUGAUAUUAGCAUGAUGAUAACCAAGGUGGUGAAGAACCAGAUCCUUCAACAGAGCCUGCUGUGUGCUGUCCAGGUAGUAGAGACUCGCAGAGCACAGAUGGAUCCAAAAAAGAUAGCAACCCAUGUCCAAAAAUAACCUGUGGCAGAUUUCUUAAACUCCCUUACCCACUUAGGAUAAACAAGCUUACAACGUAAACUGGUUCCUAUAUAAACAUGCAAUUACAUACUCAUGCAUGUGUAUAACAAAACACAGAUCCGUAUGUACAAACGCUCUGAACCAUGACACACCAAUGUGUAUCAUGAGUCUGAAAAGCCAGGCAGAUUCCCAGAAUCAAUACAGCAGUCAUCACCAUCAUAUACAAGCUCAGUAUGUACAUGCAAAUGUGUAGCCAGAGGCUGCUGGGAGGGACAGAAAGAUUCUUCUGUCUCUUAGCUAAAAUAUUUUGACACUUGCAUAAUGCUGAAGAGUUCAAAUGCCAACAUUUUCCAGCAUAAAAUCUGCUUUGCUCUACUUUGUAUUCUCAUUGCAUGUCUAUGAAAGCUGUAAACUGUAGUAUGAAACAAACACUAAUUUCUUAUAAUAAAACUCCUUGGUUUACCAUUUAAUGUAUGUACUGCUCGGCGGACAAUCAGUAUUUUCACAGAAUUCUAGGAAUAUAGAACUGGAAGGGAUCUCAUGAAGUCAUCAAGACCAGUCCACCAUCCUGAGGCAGGACUAAACCUACUUUAGAUCAUCCCUGACAGGUGUCUGUCCAACCUGUACUUACCCUCCAAUGAUGGGGA